AUGUCUAAAGUCGUGCGCAGCGUCAAGAACGUUACAAAGGGCUAUUCCUCAGUGCAGGUCAAGGUUCGAAAUGCUACGAGCAAUGACCCCUGGGGCCCGACGGGCACUGAUAUGUCCGAGAUCGCCGCCAUGACAUUCGGGAGCCCGAACGAGUUCUACGAGAUCAUGGAUAUGAUCGACAAACGUCUCAACGAUAAGGGAAAGAACUGGCGCCACGUCUUGAAAUCGCUCAAGGUCCUUGAUUACUGUCUUCACGAAGGUUCCGAGCUGGUAGUGACUUGGGCGCGCAAGAACGUCUACAUAAUUAAGACGCUACGCGAGUUCCAAUAUGUUGAUGAGGAAAGUCGCGACGUCGGACAAAACGUUCGUGUCGCCGCAAAGGAACUGACCGCACUCAUUCUGGAUGAGGACCGUCUGCGCAGUGAACGAUCGGACCGCAAACUUUGGAAGACCCGUGUCAGUGGACUCGACGACGGCUAUGGAAGCCAAGCGGAGGCUCCCCGCCGUGAGCGACGACGACCAAACCAAGACGAGGACGAUACCGAAUACCGGCUAGCGAUUGAAGCUAGCAAGGCUGAAGCCGAAGAUGAGCGUAGACGACGGGCUAAGGAGAGCGCUGCCGGCGAGGAUGACGAGGCCCUGGCCAAAGCUAUCAAGCUUAGCAGAGAAGAGGAAGAACUGCGGAAGCGGGAAUUGGAGGAGAGCAACGCUCACUCGCUCUUCGAUGACACCCCAGCCCAGGUUCAGCCGACUGGGUUCAACCAGGGCUACCAGCAACAGGGUGCCGUAGACUGGUUCGGCAACCCGAUCAAUGUCCAGCAACCGUUGACGACCGGCUUCUUGAAUAACCAAUAUGCGCAAGCCACCGGAUUCCAGCCUCAAGUUACUGGCAACCCUUAUGCAAAUGGAUACCAACAGCCCUCCGCUUACGAUCAGCACUCCUACGGACAGCCCCAGAACAACUUCUUGCAGCCUCAAGCUACUCUCCAACCCCAGCAUACCGCGUUCAACACCAACAACCCCUAUGGACCGCCGGAUGGCUUCCCUCAACAGCAGCAACAGCAGCAGUCUCAGGAGAAUUACUUGUCUGCUGGAAGUAACAACCCUUGGUCCUCGAACCAGCCAGCAGAGGCACUCAAACCCAUGCCCACGGGCUCGAAUAACCCCUUCGCUCAGAAGACUCAGCCUCAGUUCCAGCCUCAGUCACAAGGACCUCCCUCUCUUAACACACUGGCAGAGGACCGCACCACGAACCAGUUCAGCAACCAAUACAGCCAAAAUAACCAAUUCGGCAACCAGAAUCAGGCCUUUUCCCAACAGCCUACCCAGCCCAACCCAAUCGCCAACUUCCAAGCUCCUCAGCCUCCGAGGAGCACCCCUCCCGUGGCCUCAGACCCGCACCAUGCUCGUUUGAACGCACUUCUUGCCUCGGGCGAGGGGCAGGAUACCUUCGGAAAUGUCGGCGAUCUCCGCAUCCCUGCGCAGCACACUGCACCCGGCACGUUCGUCAACUCUGCCGGCCAAGGUCUGGAUCGUCUGCAUGCCAGCCAGACCGGCGCCAACCCUUUCUUCGGUCAGCAGUAUACUGGUAUGCCCCAGCAGACCGGCUUUGUCCAGCAACGACCAGCAUCAAACCCCUGGGGAGGCCAGCAACAGCAGCAGCAUGGAGGCAGCUUGAUUGACCUGUAA